GAGCCAACCUGUGAGCCCUCUCCUAAGAGACCCCGGGGAAGACCCAAAGGCAGCAAAAACAAGAGUCCCUCUAAAGCAGCUCAAAAGAAAGCAGAAGCCACUGGAGAGAAACGGCCAAGAGGCAGACCUAGGAAAUGGCCACAACAAGUCGUUCAGAAGAAGCCUGCUCAGGAGACUGAAGAGACGUCCUCACAAGAGUCCGCCGAGGAGGAUUAGGGGCGCCCGCGCGGGAUUUCUACCUCAGCAGCAGUUGACCCCUUCGCAGGGAGAAGACACUGCAGUGACCACUCCACUCUAUGGCCAUGGUCUUUCCACUUUCCGCGGGGCGGGGGGCGGGGCGGGCGGGGCGGGCGACCUCACGUAACCUUACCGAGAGCUAUGUUAAUCACUUUCUUUGUAAUCCCUUCACGGUCCCAGGUUUAGUGAAAAACUGCUGUAAACACGGGGACACAGUUUAACAAUGCAACUUUUAAUGACUAUUUUCUUUUUUUUUUUUUUUCUCCUUAACCUACUAAUAGUCGAUCUGAUGAGCAAGAGGUGGGCGGGUGAGGAGGACCUGAGCGGCUGGGCUGAGCUGGUCACUGCCCUGCAGCGGGCGUGCGUCUAGCAACAGCGGCCAAGGCGCGGUGCGUGACCCGCGGGUCCCACACGCCUCCCCACCCGCUCGCCGUAGUGACCCCUCUGUGUAGAACACCAAAGAUAAGGACUAGAUACUAUCCUCUCCUUUGCGUAUAAUCUCGUAGACACUUACUUGAUGAUUGUUAACUUUUUUGUGUUGUAUUUCUAAAUGAGACGAAAUGCUGAUGUAUCCUUUCAUUCAGUGAGCAAGCCAGAAAAGGUCCAUUUUUCAAAAAGGGAAGUAAGCGAGUAAAUGUCGCCGGCUCCUGUACUUACGGAUAUCACACACAGCAGCUGGAGUCAUAAAUUACUCGCACCACUCUGAAGUUUUUCAGGACAACACUCUGUUUUCAGAAAAUCUACUUCCUACAGAGCCAAAAUGCCCUUAGCGAUAAAUAACACUUGUCAGUCUUAAAGCAUUUCAGGAACCUGGACAAGUUCGCGACCCUCUGUAGUGUAGUGAAAAGGUACAACAGAAUAAUGCAUGAUAAACUCACCUGAAUGACGAGGUGGGAGGAGUGAAUCUACAUUUCUUUGCUAUAGCUAAAUGACAGUUUAAAAGCAGUCUGUCUCUGUCUCUCCCUCUAUCCCUGGCUUCCUCCCUCUCUCUCUCCAUUGUGUAUCCGUUUUGGUGAAAGACCUGAAUACCACUUACCUCAAAUUAAGCCUAGUGUUACUUCAAGUGACACACUUUGACAUAAGAUGGUUGACCGAGGUGCUUUAGUUUCCGGUCACCAUCUCUUCAUUCAAACUGCACUUUUAGCCAGAGAUGCAAUAUUCCCACUACUCAAUACUACCUCUGAAUGUUACAAUGAAUUUACAGUCUCGUACUUAUUACGUGCUGCUAUACACAAGCAAUGCAAGAAAGAAAAACUUACUGGGUAGGUGAUUCCACUCAUCUGCAGUUCUUUUUGUACACUCAUUACAGUUAAAGAAACAAUCUCCUCACUCUGUCUCAGCAUGGCUAUGUAUUUUUCUAUGUUUUUUUAAUUAAAAUUUUACAAAUACUUGUUUCAGCUUCUCUGCUAGAUUUCUCCAUUAACUUGAACGUGCUUUUAACCAGUGGCUCCUAGAUUCUAAGGAUAAUUUUCUUUCCUCAUAGUACACGCCACGCACGUGCGCACACGCGCACACACACACACACACACACAUACACACACAAAUGCAUAAUUUGACUGUAAUGUUUAAUUACCCUCUGAGUCUGUACCUCAAAUGAAUUGUUUAAGGAAAUAGACUAAUUGACUUGCAAAGACCUACCUCCAGACUUUAAAAGGAAUGAACUUGUUAUUUGCAGCGUUCAUCUUUUUCCUCCAGUGUUUGAAAUGGUUCAAACUGCAGCUAUCCCUAAUCAAAACUAUUUUUGUAAGGCAUUUGAUAGAAAAGAACACAUUUUUACAUACUUUGGCAAAAACACGUAAAUAAAGUGAAGCCAACCUUCAAAGAAACUUGAAGCUUUGUCGGUGAAAUGGAACAAGGUUAGCUUUUGCCUAAUGCAAUCAAAAUAUGUGUUUUUUAAGAUUAGUUGAAUAUAAGAAAAUGCUUGACAGAUAUUUUCCUGUAUUUUACACAAAUGUGAUUUUUGUAAUAUGUCUCAGCCAGAUUUAUUUUGAACACUUCUUGUGUAGAAUAUUGUAUGCCUUUCUCUCCUAGUGAGUGCGCUGACUUUAACAUGGUAUUAUCCACUGGGCCAGGAGGUAGUCUCUCCGACGGCUUGUGUCAGUAUGACUUGGAGUACUGAAGCCAAACGAAACUCAGAACCGUCUCUCUCACAGCCGCUUCAGGGAGGUAAUUGCAAAGGCCACAUACCUCUCGGAGACUGGCAGGUCGCUUACUGUUGUGAAUCACCAAAGGACCUGUGGAGAGAAUUAAAACUCAACAUGACUCUUAACUGUGCAUUAAAUAAGCAAAUAAACAGUGGCUCAUAAAAGUAAAAGUCCCACUCCGUAUCUUCGGAUGGGCCUUUUGGAAACCUCAUUGGCCAGCUCAUAAAACGGAAGCAGUUGCUCAUGCUGGCCAGACUGCAAGCGCUGAGCAGGUUCCAUCUCGGAUGAGGUCACUCUCUUACUUCCUCUACGUUGUACAAUCAAAACACACAACUACCUCUUAAGUCCCAGUAUACCUCAUUUUUCAUACUGAAAAAAAAAGCUGUGGCCAAUGGAACAGUAAGAACAUCAUAAAAUUUUAUAUAUAUAGUUUAUUUUUGUGGGAGAUAAAUUUUAUAGGACUGUUCUUUGCUGUUGUUGGUCGCGGCUAAGUAAGACUGGACAUUUAACGUUUCUACCAUUUCUGCAAGUUAGGUAUGUUUGCAGGAGAAGAGUAUCAAGACGUGUAACUGCAGUGGACUUCCGCCUGUUCCUUUGCGUGUCUUCUAACUUUGUUCUUUGUUCUUCAUGUAGAAUUGCUGUCUAUGAUUGUACUUUGAAUCGCUUGCUUGUUGAAAAUAUUUCUCUAGUGGAUUAUCACUGUCUGUUCUGCACAAUAAACACAACAGCCUCUGUGAUCCCCACGUGUUUUGAUUCCUACUCUGUGUUACAAUUCCAGUAAAUCAACAAUAAAGUUUGGUGAAAAUA